AUGUUCGUGUAAAGUCAUUUGCUUUCAUCAUAGUCAUCUCAGAACGCAUUUCAUGUAUUACAGAAGAGAUUUGAUGGGAGUGUUGCACGAACUGUGACAUUCUUCUACGAUGAGCGGUUUAGUGAACAUCAGCAACACGAGCAAUGGGGACACAUGUUCUCCUGAGCCUCAGCACAUGUCCUUGGCUGUGAUCCUCUGUCUGGUGUAUCUGCUGGGCCUACUGCUCAAUGGAUUCAGCCUGUGGGUCUUCACCUGCCGCAUUCACAAGUGGAACUCUGGAGCCGUUCUGCAGUUUAAUCUGGCUUUGUCUGAUGCCAUCAUCUCUCCGCUCACCCCAUUAAUGGCAGCAUACUUCGCCAUGGAUAGCGAUUGGAUUUUUGGGCCAUUCACUUGCCAGCUGAAGAUUGCGGUGCUCAGCAUCCACUUCAAUGGCAGCGUGGUCUUCCUCACCCUUAUUAGCAUUCAUCGAUAUGUGACCGUGGUUCAUUUCAAUCGCUCCUCAUUGCUGAAGAGGAAGACUUUUGUGAAGAAGCUAUGUGCUGGGAUUUGGUGCGUUCUCAUAAUAGUUGGAUCCGUUUAUGGAUGGGUGCUUCCUGUAACUACUGGAAAAAACCAUGGCCAGUGUUUUAGUAUUCAUCAGGAAACACUAACCAAUGCUUACUUCAUUAUAAAUUUUGUUAUUGUCUUCUUUUGGUGCAUUUUACCCUUAAUAGUAUCAGUGUUUUGCUACAGUCGCCUGGUAAGCUCAGUAUCCCGCAUUAACAAUAAUUCUGUUCAUGGUCAAUCAAUCAAGAAUAAAUCAUUGAGGAUGAUAGGGAUAUGCCUGGUCAUAUUUGGCAUAUGCUUUCUCCCGCUCAACGUUAUUCGGACCAUUGCGGUAAUCGUGAAAAAGUAUCAACCUAAGAAAUGCCGGCUUCUGUUGCAGUUGGAAACAGCAUAUUAUGCAUGCUAUGUAUUGGCAGGAAUCAACUGCUGCUUGGACCCUCUGAUCUACUUUUUUGGCUCACGUAACUUUAUGAAAGCGUUCAAGGGAUCUCUUAGGGUAAUAGGGGUCAGACGCAACGUUGAAAACAAAGUUGAAUCAGAAACAUUAAGUCAGAGUGCAAAUAAAAAUGUAGGACUAUUUACUGUCUCUUAACAUAAUGUGCUUGAUUAUAGGUUUUGAAUGAAAAAAGGGAGACUCAAAAACGAGACUUCAUUCACAUAAAUAUUAGUUAUCUGCCUACGUGUGUCUGUGUAUGUGGGCUAAUAUUGUGU